AUGUCGUCGACACCACUAAAGCCCGGGGGCAAUCUGGUCAUCCUCGGUAGCGGAUGGGGAGGCUACUCUCUUCUCAAGAAGCUCGAUACGUCCAAGUGGGAUAGUGUUACACUCGUAUCCCCGAGGAACUACUUCCUCUUCACGCCUCUACUGCCAUCCGUGACUGUCGGUACGAACGAACCAAGAAGUAUCAUAGAGCCCGUUCGGAAAACUAUAAUGAAGAAGAACAAGAAAACGGGCUUGGCAAACACGCGGUAUUUGGAAGUGGUUGCCAACCACCUCGAUCUUGACCAGAAAGUAAGCUCUCGCCACCCCUCCCCCCCCCUUGCCAAGCAGUGCGUCCCAUAUGACAAACUGGUGGUUGCUGUCGGAGCUCAGCCAAACACGAUGGGAGUUCCGGGGGUUUUGGAGUAUACACACUUCCUCAAGGAGAUGGACCAUGCACGAUUGAUCCGGAAGAACGUCCUGGACUCCUUUGAAACCGCUUGUACGGCGCAGUCGGAUGAGCGCAAGAGAGAGCUUCUCCACUUCGUAGUGGUCGGUGGCGGACCUACAGGGGUCGAGUUUGCAGCGGAACUGAGCGACUUUAUCAGGGAAGAGAUCAGUCACGCGUAUUGGGAGGUUGCUCAUUUAGCGAAAGUAUCGGUGAUACAAUCAGCGGAGAACAUCCUCAACACUUUCGAUGCGGCCAUAUCGCGUUAUGCUACCGACCAUUUUAAACGUAUCGACAUCGAUGUGGUGAAGAACUCGAGGGUGAAAGCUGUCGAGGCGACAGCCGUCGUUGUGCAGGAUAUGGCCACGAAGGAAGAGCGUCGGAUCCCAUUCGGUGUAUGUGUAUGGGCAGCAGGGAUAGCCCCACGUCCUUUCACGAAGGAUCUGAUAUCUCAACUGAAAGGGUAUCAGCCAGAGAACGGUCGGCUGCUGAAGACCACGCCUUAUCUUGAGGUUCUGGGCAGCAAGGGCGAUCUCUUCGCAAUAGGCGAUUGCGCUGGCGUGGCUGAGCCCGAGCUCCUACCGCUGGCUGAAUCCCUCUUCGAUGAAGCUGAUAUCAACAAGGACGGGGAGAUAUCUUUCCAGGAAUAUGAGGUUAUCUAUAGGAAGAUUCGUGAGAGGUUCCCGCUACUGCAAGGAGUUGGUGCUAAGCAGCGGUGGAAGGAUCAUGCUGAUAAAUAUAAUGGUGGAAAACCUCUCGAGUUCCUCACUCGUGACUUGUGGGAGAAAGUCCUCGCGAACAUGCAGUCGAGUUAUAAGGCAAUGCCAGCAACGGCGCAGGUUGCUUCACAACAAGGAAACAUCACUGGUGUAUCCACGUUUGCAUUGUGGAGGGGCGUGUAUGCUAGCAAGAUGGUCUCUUGGAGGUGUCGACACUUGGUCAUCUGGGACUGGAUAAAAGCGUACUUGUAUGGACGUGACCUCUCCAAGAUGUGA